AUGGCUUCAAGACCUGCUCACACCCGAACCGCCUCGACAAACCUGGCUGGUGGCUCUGGCCAGCGCGUGUUGGAGGGAAGGACUGCCAUUGUGACGGGAGCGUCUAGGGGAAUCGGUGUCGAAAUCGCCCGCAACCUCGCUAGCAAAGGCUGCAACGUCGUCAUCAACUACACCUCCGACUCGUCCACCCAAACCGCCAAAGACCUCGCCUCCGAACUCCAAGCCGAAUAUGGCGUCAAGGCUAUCAGCGUACAAGCGAGCAUGGGCUCUGAGAAUGGGCCCAAGCAUCUUGUCGAGGUUACCAAGAACAACUUCCAGCACCCCAAGACUGGCAAGUUCCAAUUAGACAUCAUCAUCAACAACGCCGGAGUUGCGGGCAACAACUACGUCGAGAACGUCGACUGCGAAGACUUCGCAAGACAGUACAACAUAAACGUACGAGGACCGCUGCUCCUCCUGCAAGCCGCCAUCCCAUACUUACCCAACGACCGAUCCGGCCGCAUUGUCAACCUCUCUUCCGUCAGCUCGUCGCUGGGAUAUAAGGGCCAGUCCAUCUACGGCGGAACAAAGGCGGCUCUGGAGAGUAUGACAAGGACAUGGGCUCGGGAGCUGGCAGAGCGAUGCACGGUCAACGCCAUCAACCCAGGUCCUGUCGCGACCGACAUGUACUGGAGCAACGACGACGCCUUCAUUGCGCAAAACAAGCCAUUCAUCGAGAACACUCCCCUUGCUGCACCAAGAAAGGGUAUCGACCCAGAGAAGAUUUACGAGGCAUCUCAGAACGCUGGUGGACGACCGGGCUACAGCGAGGAGAUUGGUGGUAUCGUCGGCAUGCUUUGCUUGCCUGAAGCGGGUUGGACAACUGGUAGUGUCGUCUGCGCGAACGGUGGUAUGAAGUUCAGCUACUAG